AGACCAUCAUCAGGCAGGAGGCUUGGGGGUGCAGAUGCUUCAUAGAAAGCCUUCUGGGAUGAAGCUCUACAAAACCAGAGGGGGACUCAGGUCUCAGAGCCCACACACACUUCCUUCCUCUUCUGGGCGUGCAAACAGAGCACAGAGAAACACCAGCAGCUCCGACCUGAGCAGCCUUCCUGGGAAGAUGCAGUCACCCCUGCUCGUGCUCCUGUUGGCCUUUUUCCCACUCCCCUCGGCUGAGGCAGGGGAGAUCAUUGGGGGACAUGAAGCCAAGCCCCACUCCAGACCCUACAUGGCCUUCCUUCACAUUCAAGAUGAGGAGGAAAAGUCCAGGUGUGGCGGUGUCCUUGUGGGAGACAACUUUGUUCUGACAGCUGCUCACUGCAAUGGACGCUCAAUCACAGUCACCCUGGGUGCCCACAACAUCAAAAAGCAGGAGAAGACCCAGCAGAAGAUCCCAGUGAAAACAGCCAUCCCACACCCAGACUAUGAUAAGCGUAAAACCACCAAUGACAUCAUGUUACUGCAGGCCCAGAGGCACUGGCUGACCUGGGCUCCCUUGCCUCUUCCCCACCAGCUGAAGAGAAACAUCAAGCAAACUGAUGCUGUGAAGCCCCUCCCACUGCCCAGGGGCAAGGACCUGCCGAGGCCAGGAGAUAACUGCACUGUGGCCGGCUGGGGGCGGGUCACAAGGGAUGGCCCUUCCUCAGACACUCUGCAGGAGGUAGAGCUGACCCUGCAAAAGGACAAGAAGUGUAAAGAUGUCUUUAACAAUUACAACAAGAACAUUCAACUCUGUGUGGGGGACCCAAAAGAAAAGAAGUCUUCCUUUAAGGGGGACUCCGGGGGGCCUCUCCUGUGUGAAAAUAAGAUCCAAGGAAUUGUCUCCUAUGGACCCAAAGAUGGGACACCACCGGGAGUCUACACCAAAGUCGCCAGUUUCCUUCCCUGGAUAAAGGAAACCAUGAAAAACCUCCAACUGCAGGAAUCAGACCAUCUUCUCUGGAGCUAAUCCAGGAUCACACUGUGGGGAGGGAGGUGAUGCCAGCAACCAAAUAAAUGACUCCCAGAUGA